UCCUACUUCCUGGUCAUGAACAACACGUGCAAAGAGGUGGAAGUGCACCGCAUGUCCGACUCCGGACUCCUCCUCUCUGUCGACCACUCGUCGCACACGACGUAUAUGAAGGAAGAGGUGGACAGGUAUCGCGUAACCAUUGGCAACCGGACGUGCGUUUUCGACAAAGAGAACGACCCCACGAUUCUGCGCUCGCCCUCUACCGGCAAACUCCUGCAGUUCCUCGUGGAGGACGGGACUCACGUGUACUCGGGUCAGGCGUUCGCCGAGAUCGAGGUCAUGAAGAUGGUCAUGACUCUGACCACUCAGGAGUCGGGAGUCGUGCAGCACGUGAAGCGGUCGGGCGCUGUUCUGGAAGCCGGAUCCAUUCUGGCGCGACUCGAACUCGACGACCCGACGCGUGUCCAUCGCGCGGAACUCUUCACUUUCGGCUUCGACUCUCUCGACGACGAAUACCACUCGGAGGACGCGAUGGCGGCCAUCGACGGCCACGUGAGCCCUUCGGAGACGAAACUGAACGCCACGUUCACGACAGCUAAAGUGCAUUUGGAGAACAUUCUGGCGGGUUAUGGCCUCCCGGAGCCCUUCUUCUCCCAAAACAUGAAUCUCUACGUCGAGCAGUUCAUGGAGUGUCUGCGCGAUCCGCGACUUCCGCUCCUCGAACUGCAAGACAUCAUUUCGUCGACUUCCGGUCGAAUCCCGGCGCAGGUCGAGAAGUCGAUCCGCAAACUCAUGAACAACUACUCGAGUAAGUGGUGUCUAAGAAAGUCUAUCUGUUGA